CUCUGCAGCAGCACUUUGGUUUGAACAGCGGGAAAUAAUGGACUCCCGAUUGGCCUUAUUGGUUGUGGCAAUUUUACUGGCGAUUUCCAACGUUCAGGGUCAGCAUGAUCCCCAUUUCUGGAAUGGACACAGUGGAAUAGUGCAUCUGUUUGAGUGGAAAUUUUCGGACAUUGCUCUGGAGUGUGAGAGGUUUCUGGGGCCACGAAGUUAUGGAGGCAUUCAGUUAUCACCGGUCAAUGAGAAUGUCAUCGUUCAAUUAGGAAGCAAUCGUCCAUGGUGGGAACGGUAUCAGCCAGUUUCGUACAAACUAAUCACGCGUUCGGGAAAUGAACAGGACUUCCUCGAUAUGUCCCGCCGUUGUAAUGCUGUGGGCGUUCGUUUGUACGUUGAUAUCAUCAUUAAUCAUAUGUCCAGGGAUCCGAACGAUGGUUCCAUAGGAACGGGAACUGGUGGUUCCAUCGCUAACUCCGGUACACGUGAUUAUCCAGCUGUUCCAUACUCCAUCAUUGAUUUCAACCCGUCCUGUGCCAUUACGGAUUGGGGUAAUGCUUGGCAAGUGAGAAACUGUGAACUGUUGGAACUGCCGGACUUGGAUCAGAGCAAAGACUGGGUUCGCGACAAGAUCGUGGAGUUUUUAGAUCAUUUGAUCGAACUGGGUGUGGCUGGAUUCCGAGUGGAUGCUGCCAAACAUAUGUAUCCACAGGAUAUGGAAGUGAUCUUCAACCGUUUGAAAAAUCUGAAUACCAAUUUUGGAUUUGCGCCAGGAUCACGUGCUUUCCUGAUGCAAGAAGUCAUUGAUGGGGGCGAUCAUGAACCUAUUAGGAAAUAUGAAUACACCCAUCUCGGAACGGUAACCGAAUUCCAGUAUUCGUUCUAUAUCGGACGUGCUUUCACUGGUGGCGACAUGCUUGUAUGGCUGCAAAACUUUGGAGAAGAUUGGGGCUUUUUGCCAUCGAGAGAUUCACUUGUGUUCGUGGAUAAUCAUGACAACCAACGUGAUCACGCCUUGACCCAUAAAUCGCCAAAGGCUUACAAAAUGGCCACCGCAUUUGCAGCUGCCCAUCCUUUCGGUCAACUUCGUAUCAUGAGUUCAUUCUACUUUGAUGAUAGAGAUCAAGGACCGCCACAGGACGGCAAUGGUAACAUCAUUUCUCCAUCGAUCAAUGCUGAUCAAACCUGUGGAAACGGAUGGGUUUGUGAACACCGUUGGCGCCAAAUAGCGAACAUGAUCAACUUCAGAAACGUUUGUUGGGGAACUCCUGUGCAAAACUGGUGGUCAAAUGGCGCAAAUAAGAUUGCAUUUGCUCGCGGUAAUUGCGGAUUUGUGGCCUUCAAUAACCAACAGCAGCAGGAUAUGCUUGAAGUUCUACAAACUGGUCUUCCCGCUGGAAUUUACUGUGAUGUCAUUUCCGGCGAAAAGGUAGGCCACUCCUGUACGGGGAAAUCCGUAACGGUUCUAGCUGAUGGACGAGCAUCGAUUCACGUUCCUUACGAUGGUGAGGAUGGAGUUUUGGCUUUCCACAUUGAGUCACGAAUCUAAAUCAACACCCAGUUAAGUUCUUCAUAGACAUCGCAAUUGUAUUGGAACCACAAAUCUGCACACAAUUUGGAACAGAAGAGCACACUCAAUACCACCAAACGACUUUGUUUUCGCCUGAAAAGAAAGAUAUUGAUUAUAAUUUCAAGCUUGA